AUGUUCCUGAUGCUGGCAAAUGUACCUGGCCUGGGAAUGACAACGCAUGUUCUUCAACACCAUGUCAUGGGGAGGACGUUGUGUGUAUCAACACAUUUGGCGGGAAUUAUAAAUGCUUAUGCCCACCCGGGACAAACGGCGAUCGUUGUGGUGAAGGAACGUACUGCUUCCCGUGUGCAAGUAAAAGACGGAGGAAUGUCACAUGUCCUGUGUUCGACGACAAGCCAUUCUUGACAUCCAUGUCUGUGCAAGACGUAACACUCAAGACCCAGAUAUCAAGGACAAAAUGCACGAUGGACAACAACUGGAGCUUCGAUUUUAGAACAGGGUUCAUGUGGGUAGCCAAAGGUUGCAGGGGCGAAUUUUGUGUGCACUACCAAGAAGCUGUGCCAGACAUAACAACUGUACAAGGUACAACAACUGGACCAGGUACAACAACUGGACGAGGAACAACAACUGGACCAGAUACAACAACUGGACCAGUUAUAACAACUGGACCAGGUACAACAACUGGACCAGAUACAACAAUUGGACAAGGCACAACAACUGGACCAAGUACUAGUACAACAACUGGACCAGGUACAACAACUGGACCAGAUAUAACAACUGGACAAAGUACAACAACUGGACCAGGUACAACAACUGGACCAGAUACAACAACUGGACCAGAUACAACAACUGGACCAGAUACAACAACUGGGCCAGUUACAACAACAGGACUAGGUACAACAACGGGACCAGAUACAACAACUGGGCUAGUCACAAUAACUGGACCAAGUACAACAACUGCGCCAGUUAUAACAACUGGACCAGGUACAAAAACUGAACUAGAUACAACAACUGGACCAGAUACAACAACUGGACCAGGUACAACAAUUGGACAAGGCACAACAACUGGACCAAGUACUAGUACAACAACUGGACCAGGUACAACAACUGGACCAGAUAUAGCAACUGGACAAAGUACAACAACUGGACCAGGUACAACAACUGGGCUACUUACAACAACUGGACAAAGUACAACAACUGGACCAAGUACUAGUACAACAACUGGACCAGGAACAACAACUGGGCUACUUGCAACAACUAGACCAGGCACAAUAACUGGACCAGAUAUAACAACUGGACAAAGUACAACAACUGGACCAGGUACAACAAUUGGACCAGAUACAACAACUGAGCUUCUAACAACAACUGGACAAAGUACAACAACUGGACCAAGUACUAGUACAACAACUGGACCAGGUACAACAACUGGACCAGAUACAACAACUGGGCUACUUGCAACAACUGGACCAGGCACAACAAUUGGACAAGGUUCAACAACUGGACCAAGUACUAGUACAACAACUGGACCAGGUACAACAACUGGACCAGAUAUAACAACUGGACAAAGUACAACAUCUGGACUAGGUACAACAACUGGACCAGAUACAACAACUGGACCAGGUACAACAACUGGACAAGGCAUAACAACUGGACCAGAUACAACAACUGGGCCAGUUACAACAACUGGACCAGGUACAACAACUGGACCAGAUACAACAACUGGACCAGAUACAACAACUGGCCAAGGAACAACAAUCGGACAAGAUGACAUGGUCCCUAGUGCAACGUUAUACAUCGGGGGUGUGAUCACAUCGUCCAUUUCACAAAACAUGACCCAACUCCUAGGAUUUUACAGUAUACACGGAGAAUAUUACAAUUCUAGACCAGUAUAUAUUCACGAAUCAGGAAAAUAUUAUAUGUACUACCUAUUAAGUGGACGUUGGGGGUUUGGCGCGGCUAUUGGUAAUGACCAAAUUAACAUGUGGAUACCUUCAACAUCCCUUCUACCUCAGGAUAUAACAAAGCCACAAUUUAGAUGGGUUACCUCUACUGGUUGGACAGCGAUGGAUGGAAUCACUAUUUCUAGCAAUACAACUACAGGUGGAUCUUGUCGUAAGCUCCUGCUACCUGUCAUGGCGAAUUUUGGUUUUUAUGAGAAGAAUAAUGACCAAGAGGCUGGGAAUAGACCGAUUUACAAACACUCUUUUUUCCCGUUCUACCUUUACUAUUUGUCAUCAACAGGAAUGUGGGUAAUUGGACCAGACCCUACUAAUUUAAAUUUUAAUGCUUACGCCUUCACAUAUAAUCCUGCUGUUGAUCCAACCGAUGGUACUACUAUUUGGAUGGUGAUUAAAGAUGGUGGUUUUGUGGUCGAGCCUGGGGUAGUUGUGAGCUGUCAGGAUGAUGUUACAGUGAGCUAGAAUAACAGCAGAGGUUCUGAUCAUUACAGCACUACUAACAAAUAAGACACAACGGUCAAUCUAUAGAAUGACUCAAUUUGACAAGGUUACUAAAAGUCAACUCAUUAACAUGGGUUACCUUAUGCAUUUAUAAAGGGUGACCCUCAAUUUUGGAAAAAAAACUAUUUUUGGUGGAAUAAUAUAUUAAUUUGAUUUUAAAAAUUUUAAAAAUGGCCGCCAUAUUUCUCUCGCAAAAUUCACCUUUGGACCAUAUGGUAGCUUUUUUCAGCCAUUUAAAGGAUGUGUAUAUCUAUCAAGGGCUUAGAAAACAAUAAAAAUUAGUUUUUCGAAGAAUAUCAUCAAUUAGAUUCCUUUUGAUUAAUUAAAUGCAAUAAAUACGCUUUCCUUUUCUAAUCAUAUCUAAAAGAACUCUAUUGACGAAAGAAAAAGUAUUUGGCUGUCGUUAGGAAUUCCCCCAAAAUUCCCCUUUUGUUUGAAUUUUUAUUUACACUACCUGCGGUGAAAAUACUUAUGAAAUUUAUAGAAAUGAAACUCGACAUUAUUUCUAAUACCGCCAAU